AUGAAUCCAAGUGUUUGGAGAGAAGGUAUGUAUUCUUCUAGCAGCAUUUGCCUUGACGGCUUUCAUGCAGAGCAUCUCUCCUCUUUUCAACUGGACCCUGUGCUAUCAAAUGUAGAUGUGUCAGCCGUUUCCGUGUCAUUACACAAAGACAGCGAAGACAGAAAAAUGCUAUCGGAGAGUGCCUAUUACAGAAGUGGGGAUGCUGGUUCAAGUUUGAUGAAUCCAUCCAAAGACAACACGACUGGACAUUCACCCAUAAGAAGGCACCCAAUUCCUGCAUCCAGUUCCUGUGGUCAUGAUGAGUGGAACUUAAACAGUGGCCAUCAGGCAAAGCGUGCCAGAGUAGAAAAUAUCAUCAAAGGCAUGAUCAGCUCUCCAGGUAUGCACUGCACCAAUGUGACCAGAAACCAAUGCGUGAAGUCAGACGGCAUGCAGGAAAAGGAAACGAUACAUGAGCAGGACUACGUGGAAACGAGUGGAUUUGGCAGCCAGAGAGCAGGAAAGCAGCUGGAGAAUCAGCAUCUCAGAGCAAGGUUCGACCAUGUGGACGAAGUAGUCGACACUAUAGACAAGGACGAAUCUCCUGAAACAUCUCCAAGGGACGCAUUCACAGAUUCAUACAGUGAGUUUCAGACCAGCUCAAGUAGAGAAUAUCAAGGACGGAAGUCGGUGAUGAGCUACUUCCAAUCCCAACCCGAGAGAAUAAAGCUGAUGGCAGAGGUUUUAAAGUACGAGCUGUCCAGAGCUGUCAGUAGGAGCGUUGACUCUAUUUUCAAAAGCAUGCCACUUAUACAAACAAACAUUGAGGGGAAUGCAGAGACAGAUAUACGUCUUCAAUCAUCAGUUGGUGAAGAUGAAUUGGGACUAACCUGUUGUGGAAAUGCAGAGGUGCAAGUCCCAGAUGUUCAAACCGAAGCUCUGUCCUUGGUCGUACAAAAGCCUCGACUGGAAAACAAGUUUGUCCUUCACCAUCGUCCACAACCUCCAAUCCUGUUCGGGAAUCAUGACUCUGAAGAUCAGCCGUCAGAGAGGAAUCACGAAGCCGUCCGUCAACAUGCCCUCAGGUGCUCUCAGGAUGCAUGCUCCAGAGUUGGUCCGGCAAAGUUUGACACCCUUCGGAAUUCAAUCAAAGUGAGGUCGAAGGUCAACUCCAGGUCUGUGAGAAGCCCACAGACUCACACUGUGUCUGUGGACCCCACGCUGAUGGAAAGCCCUGGUCUCCCUCAUGUCAAUAUAGAGUCCGACUGCCUAGUGAAGACCAACCUGUACAUGCUGAAUGAGGGUCUGACCACAAAUCAUCUGAAGAAAGCAAAGCUCAUGUUCUUCUACACGCGCUACCCGAGUUCCCUGGUGCUAAAGAUGUGUUUCCAUGAUGUGCAGUUCUCGCGCUGCAUCACCUCUCAGCUCAUCAAGUGGUUCAGUAACUUCAGGGAGUUUUUCUACAUCCAGAUGGAGAAGUUCGCCCGUCACGCUCUCAUCGAAGGAGUCUCCGACGUGCGGGGUCUGACUGUGGAGAGACAAUCAGAACUUUUCAGAGCUCUCAACAUGCACUACAACAAAGCCAACGACUUCCAGGUCCCUGACAGUUUCCUGGAGGUUGCAGAGAUUACAUUAAGAGAAUUUUACAUUUCCAUUUCAAUGGGCAAAGAUCGUGAUCCCUCGUGGAAGAAAGCGAUCUACAAGGUGAUCUGUAAACUGGACAGUGACGUACCAGCUCAAUUCAAAAGUCAUCACUCUGCAUGACAACCAAUCAGAAGACAUCAUGUGCUGCAGUGGCUACUGUCACCAUGUGGACUUACUCGCCUUGAUUAGCAAAGUACUAGUUUUUAAUAAAGAACCUGCUGUAUUGUACAAGUGAGUUAUGUACAUGCUUGCACAUAUCCAGUCUCCACCCAUAUAGCAGACUGAUUUAGGCUUCUAUGGCUGUUUUUUUCAUGAGGUCAUUUGAUAUUAUUAGUAUUUUGCUAUAUCAACCUUAUUGUAUAGCAAUAACACAUAACAAUUUUAUCUGUGAAAUGUGUGCAACAGAACACAUUUUUAGAGGCAUUGUUCUUUAAUAAGGACAAAAAAAGGUCCACACAACACAAGUGAAAAAACACAUUUAUUAUACAGCAGAGCUUUAUUGUCAAAAUAUUUGUAUGUACAGAAUAUAUUAAUGAGAUUACAUUCCAAACAUUUUAAAAUUGGUAAUUUUCAAAAUAACAGUGUUUCGGUCUUUCUUCCAUACUCACUAUGAAGACCCAUCCACUUUGCAGAUGAUACACUGAGGCUGGAUGUCCGCAGGAAAAUCAAACAUGGUCUUCACCAGCGGUGCCGUGUGUUCGGUCAUAUUCGAUGAUCCAUUUUUUGUCUUCAGUGCAAAUACAAAAUUCUCAGCAGGUAAAAUUGUUGGCCAUUUGCUUCACAAGUGUAACGUUUGUAAAUAUAAAAAGUAUAUUCAAAGCGGAAUUCAAUUGCUUACAUAUUAACCAUGACAAUCACACUCAGUGAGACUGAAAUUGGGCACUAAAUACGAACAAGCAGUUUGAACAUAGGCAUUCGAAAUAACGUCUUUCAAAUAUUUUCCUUUAAAGGUCACCUAUUAUGCAAAGAUUAAGUGUCCCCUCUAUGAAAGAGAUUUGGAAAGUUUCAGGAAUAAAUAUUCUCUCUCUUUUUGUCAGAUUUUGGCCACUUUAUGAUGUCACAAUGUUUGUAUGGGUUGUGCAACCAUUAGCUAUCAUUAAUAAUCAGCUGAAUGUGGUACAGGUAACAUUUUUGUAUCUUUACUCUCGAUGUAAAAAUGGGGUUUAAAGUCUAAAAAAAUAGAAUUAAGACAAACAAAUAAAAUACUAUUCUAGUCAUGAAAAGUCACUGUGGGCUCGACUUGUCAUUGAAGUAACCAGGGUUUAAACACUUGAUCCACAAUAUUCCCAGUAUUCCCAACUUCCCGUAGUUUAUCAGGACAAAUUGUGGUUCUUUGGAAAUUGAGAGUUGUUGACAACAUUGGGGUUCUCCAAUAUCAUUUACUGUUAUGGUCACAGGUUAGAAAACACCCUUUUCAAUCCCGCAAUUGUGCAUUUUCAUUACACUUUAUUUUGUGAUACUCGCCGUUGAAGCUGAAGUGAAGUUCAAGUUAGGCUAAUUCUAGCCUAGACAAUACAAGUACAUAGAACUGUAUUGAUUUACAAAAUACACACAGUACCAUUAAGGGACUGAGAGGCAACCCACAAAGGCGUAAAACUGUUCAGCUUUGCAUUAUGAAUGUAGCCCUUUACUCUUUCCUUUGUUCUCCUCACUUAACCAUGCACACUGAGAAACAUAAUAACAGUACUUCUUUAAAAAAAAAAAACAGGGUCAAUGUGUAAUAUCUGGCCACAUACAAAAAACAAAAAAAUAGGGGCAGCAAUUCAUCUCGAAUACUUGGUUCAUAUAAUCUAAAUGUAGUCAUCAGUUAUUAAAACUUAAUGAAAAAGCAAACUAACAACAGGUCAAGGAUACGCAAUAUUGACCCGAUGGUACGAAAUGUGCCAUUUUGGGCUACUUUCAAUUUAAUCCAAUUAGCGAACUAUUAAAAAGUCACAUGGAUCCUUUACCUUUAAUGUAAUUGACGAGUCCUUCUGGACUCUUGGUUCUUCAUCAUCUAACGUUGGACUGAGGGCAGACAGACGCUACAUCGACUCACGCCUUCUGAAGUACAAGAGGUGUUACGGUAAAAGACUGUCGGAGACGAGCUGGUUAGCAUGCUCACUUCAGUAUAUAUAUCUGCAACACAACACACGAAGAUUUUGACAUAAUAUCAAAAGUGUCAUGUGUUUGGUUAAGUUCUAAAUAAAUAAAAUCUGGCCAUAUCUUACACAUUGCCACUUUAAAAUGUCACAGGAGGGAAAGAGGUGAAGUCGGAGUGAUGCAAAUAAU